AUCAAACUAAUGCAUAAUUUUCGCAUUUAAAUGUUGCUGCUUGUUUUAAAUUGUCAUUUGCCAGUUGCGAAGGCCUGGAAAUCCAAAAAUGGACAUCAAACCUAAAUCAAAAAUUUCAGCAUCUCGAAAACUUUCGCUGAAGAUAAUGCUUCUUAACAGAGCAAUAGAGGAUUUGGAGAAAGAAAAACAGGACAGGGAAGAAGAGAAAGAUCGCUACCUCAAAGAAAAACACCCACCAUUGCAGCUUUCUGGACUCUCUCUGGGGGAGUUACAGAAUCUGUGUAAGCAACUCUACACCAAAAUCGAUGUAGUAGAUGAAGAGAGGUACGACUAUGAGGAUAAAGUCCACAAGCACAACAAAGAUAUCAAUGAGCUUAAGUUAAAAGUUCAGGAUUUAGGCGGGAAGUUCAAGAAACCUGCCCUGAGGAAGGUGCGUGUGUCUGCCGAUGAGAUGAUGAGGGCUUUGCUGGGCUCCAAGCACAAAGGCUCCAUGGACCUCCGUGCAAAUCUGAAGUCAGUCAAAAAGGAGGAUAUCAAGCAAGAAAAGGUCUUGACCUCUGAAGUAGGUGACUGGCGUAAGAAUGUGGAAGCCAUGUCUGGAAUGGAGGGUAGAAAGAAGAUGUUUGACGCUGCUGGGGGAGGCCAGUGAGCCCCUUCAUGAAACCAACCUGACCUUCUGGUUGGUCUUCACAGAGAAGAUAUAAAAUGGAAGGGAUGAGACUGAAGUGUUUUCUGGCUUUCCUGAGCUGCUGUCUUUCAGAGCCAACUCACAGUGCUAAGUAUUAGCUGACCCAAAAUUUAAAUCCUAAAAGUUCACCCAAAAAUGAAAAUUCUGUCAUUAAUUACUCAUCCUCAUGUCAUUCCAAACCCGCAAGACUUUCGUUCACGCAGUGGAGAUUGAUCCGGAAGAGAAGAAAUUGUUGAAUAAAGUUGUUAUUUUUUUUUUCUUGGAACACAAAACGUAUUCUCAUAGCUUCAUAACAUUACUGUUGAACCACUGAUGUCACAUGGACUAUUUUAAUGAUGUUCUUGCUACCUUUUGGGCAUGGGAACGUUUUAGUUGCAUUGCUGCCUAUGCAGGGUCAGAAAUCUUUCGGAUUUCAUCAAAAAUAUCUUAAUUUGUGUUCCGAAGAUGAACGAAGGUCUCACGGGUUUGCAGCAACAUGAGGGUGAGUAAUUAAUGACAGACAAUUUAUUUUCAUUGUAUGGAAAAAUAAUAUGUGAAUGAUGACAGUAUUUUUAUUUUGGGUGAUAUAUUCCUUAAAAAAAUAUGAUUCGACAUAUCUUCAUUAAAGAAUCGACGGAGACAUGAAAUAGCCCUUAGUAGUGCUUUUGAGAUCUAUGUAGUUUGUGGUAAUUUCAUUUCAUUAUGAUGAAUAUAAAUGUGUCAAAUAAUAACAAAAAAAAUAACUUAUAUGGUAUACAUUUGACUGGGAUAUAUGUAUGUUUUUGUGUGCUACAAUGAAGUCUUAAGUUGGCAUUAAAAGUAUUAUUAAGCAG